AUGACCACCUCCCCACAACGGAGGCUUAUCGGCCUCUCAACCAAGGCAUACUUUCCGCUUCAGCGAACACUUGAUUUCACGACUGAGGUUCAAUCCCAACUACGUUCUCUCCCACCGAGUACAUUUGAAAAUGUCGACAUUUUUCUCAUUCCUGACUUCAUCUCCAUUCACCCCGUUCGCGAGCUCUUAAAGUCCUCGCCGGUCCCAAUUCGGCUAGGCGCUCAAGACUGCCAUUGGGAGGAUUUCGGCGCUUACACGGGAGAAGUCAGCCCAGUGGUUCUGAGCGAGACAGGGGUGACCAUAGUCGAGGUGGGACACGCAGAAAGACGGAGGCUGUUUGGUGAGGACGACCAAACCGUUGCUAAGAAGGCUGCUGCAGCGAGCAGAAACGGUAUGGCGCCGCUGAUAUGCAUCGGGGAAAAGACCAGGGGAGAUCUGGAUACUGCCUUAAAGGAAUGCCAAGUCCAAGUUGAUCAAGCCGUGGCUGAUAUCCCCGAUUCUGCGGAAGUCAUUAUUGCAUAUGAGCCUGUUUGGGCCAUCGGUGCAGACCAGCCUGCCAGCGAGGACCAUGUCAUAUCAGUAGUGAAAGGAAUCAGAUCUUUCAAGAGUCUAAAGGACAGGACAGGUACGACCAGAGUCAUCUACGGAGGUAGUGCUGGUCCGGGCCUGUUUGAAAAGCUAGGAGAGGCCGUGGAUGGUUUAUUCCUCGGCAGGUUCGGGCAUGAUGCGACACGAUUUAUGAAGACAGUCUCGGAAGUGGCUUCUUUCAAGGCAUAA